CCAACACAGCGAGCGCCAGCCCCAUUCUGGCGUGAUUGGUGCUGCAAAAAAAAAAAAGAAAAAAGCAGUGCUACCGCCACUUGGCAGGCAAAAGAAUGCUCUCCGACCGGGAAUUGAACCCGGGUCUCCAAUGUGACAGACUGGUGUACUCGCCACUAUAUAUUUGUAGGACACUGGCUUUAUGCAACAGCAUCCUAGCACUAAUCCGCACCAAUGAUAAAACAAACUUUGGGAUCAACUAUAGUGCUUUGUGACAUGGCCAACGUGUUCUGUAAGCAGCUGAAUAAUAGACUGUAUAGAUAUCUCGAGUAAUGAAUUGCAUCGAUUGCUUUGACCUGAAAC